GAAAGAUUUAGAGAGUGUGUGUGUAUGUGUGAGAGAGAGAGAUAGAGAGCUCAGUAACAGAAUAGAACUUUAUACAUCACUUGUGGCAAGCAAUUUGCAUGCAACAAUCAAAUUCUUAAAGCGCCUAGAAAAGCUGUCUUGCGCAUGAGAGCUGCCGCUGUAUAGCCCGUCUGAGAAUCAAUUAAGGCACAGCUCAGUGAGUCAGAGAGUGGGAUCAUUAAGAGAGAGAGGAGCCGAGGAGCUGAUUUCUGUGAGCCCGCUGACUGCGGAGUGUGUGCGUUGGUGUUCGCAGAACGCUGAAGUUUAAGGGAUUAAUCGUGUCUACUGUGUCCUUUACACUGCUGAAGGCGUCCAGCACAGAUCGCCUGGGAAUGUAUAUCUUCUCAUGUGUCUACUGCAGCAUGAUCCACCAAGCAAGCAAGCAAGCAACAGGGAGCUGAAUUUGUGUACAUCUAUCAAGCUAUCCUUUGGGAAAUCUAGGGAAUAAACCUUUUUUUUUUUUUUUGCUGUCAUUCUUUCAUCUGAGAGAGGUAGUGGGCUAAGAUUGCUUCUGUCUGCAGGGUGAUUUUAUUUGUUUUAGUCAAGUGAGAAAUUUUCCAUCACAACAGAAUUACUGUAUAUGAAACAGAAUAUAGAAAAGAGAGCUGCAGAUAUGUAAGAAAUUAUUUGACUUAGGAAACAGUGGUGUUCCAUUCUUGUUUUCAUUUUUGUUCCUCAUAAACUAUGAUAAUGGGAUCUGGGAUUUUUUUUUUUUGGCAAUGCCUGGUUUCCCUAUUUGCUUAUCUGCAGACCUCACAUUUUGAUGUCUGCAUCAAUUCAGCAAUGAGCUCCUAAGCAGAAGGAUGUGAAAGACAGCUAACCGUCUAAGAAGAAGAGGAAUAGCUCUACUUUAAUUAAAUGGAAGAAAUAAACAGAAGAAUAAAAAAGUGCUACAUUUCUUAAUUCACUUCAGUCUGGGAUAGUGGUUUGAGCAAUCGGUCCAUGACAGCAGUUGACGUCACUUUUAUUUUUUUUUUUUUACUGCCUGCCUGGAGAUGGCCAAAUUUAAGGAUUAACCCUUUGUUUACAGAGUGACAAAGCCUUCUCUCUUUUGCCCCUUUUACCUCCUUUCUCUUUGCAGGCAGAAGCUGCACAUGCUCAAAAAACAUUAAGGCACAGCUUAAAGAUGCUUUUGCAGAUAAGAAAAUACAAAGACAUUAAUUUAGCCGGUGUUUUCUCUUUUCAAAUCAAGGACAAGUUCAUUGUUUGUUUUUAAUGCUUGCAGCAAGCUGCUAAACACUAGUGAGUUUGAAGAGUUACCUAACCUCAUCAGACACACCAUACAAAAGCCCUGCAAGGACAUAAAGAUGUGCACUUUCAUUGCUAUUUCAUUUGUCCAAACAGGCACACCUAAGUGAUUUAGGACGACUUGUGACAAGCGGUGAUCUACACAGACAUUCUGAACUCCUCUCUUUUGUUACGUAACCAGGACACUUCGACACACCUGGAGCAAACAUCCUCCUCUGGUGACAGCCUGGGAUUUUACAAGAGUGUUUAACUUAGCGGUAUUAGGAGCACUUCACAGCGUCUGCCCAUUGAGAGGACAAAGUUGCUGACCUCUGACACCCUUGGAAAUGAGGAGAUUUCAGUGUGCAAGAUAUCACGCAGAAAAUUAAGAAACCUUGAGGAUUUCAAUUUUGACAAGUCAGACAAAAAAAUCCAGCUCCCACCACACCAAGAGAACCAUCAUGGAGGUGGGAAAUAAUUCUGAUGAUCUGUUAUACCCCACAGGGUUUCCAUUCAACUAUUCUUUGAAAUAUGGAGACUCAGACCUGGAACAAGAUGCCAGCAAGAUUGUGAUCCCCUCCAUUUAUGCUAUUGUUUGCUGUGUUGGACUGACUGGAAAUGCAAUGGUCAUUUAUGUUAUCCUAAAAUAUGCAAAGAUGAAAACUGCUACAAACAUAUACAUACUAAACUUAGCUAUUGCAGAUGAACUUUUCAUGUUGAGCGUUCCCUUCUUGGCUACAUCUGCUGCUCUACAGCACUGGCCCUUUGGAUCUCUGAUGUGCAGACUGGUCUUGAGCGUCGAUGGAAUUAAUAUGUUCACCAGUAUCUUCUGUCUUACUGUUCUAAGUAUUGACCGCUAUAUUGCAGUCGUUCAUCCAAUCAAAGCAGCUCGCUAUCGCCGUCCAACAGUUGCCAAAAUGAUCAACAUUUGUGUAUGGGUAUUUUCUUUGGUGGUCAUCCUACCUAUCAUUAUAUUUGCUGACACAGUUCCAUCUGAUGAUGGAGGAGUUGACUGCAACUUCUUGUGGCCCGAAUCUUCGUGGUCAGAAGCAUUUGUAGUUUACACUUUUCUGCUUGGUUUCCUCCUCCCUGUGGUGGCCAUCUGCCUCUGCUACUGCUUGAUUGUGGUCAAGAUGAGAGCAGUAGCAUUGAAAGCAGGAUGGCUGCAAAGACGAAAGUCUGAAAAGAAGAUCACAAGGAUGGUCAUGUUAGUGGUCACUGUGUUUGUCAUCUGCUGGAUGCCAUUUUACAUCAUCCAGCUGGUUAGUGUUUUUCAGAGACCACCUGACCCUAUUAUCACUCAACUUUUUGUUAUCCUGAGCUAUGCCAACAGCGGGGCCAACCCGAUCCUUUAUGGCUUUGUCUCGGACAACUUUCGACGCUCUUUUCAGAGGAUCAUGUGUUUCCGAUGGAUGGAAAGUGGGAUGGAUGGCGAACCAGUUGACUACUGUGCUGUGGCUUUAAAAACUAAAGUGGCGUGUAACCCCAAAGAAUUCCAGAAAGACUGCCUAGCUUCAGAAAUGGUGUACAGGAAUGGAACUUGUACUCGAACCACCACUUUGUGAGCAAAUGCCUAAACACUAAAGAAGAUAUUAUCUGCACAGGGUCAGUCAUCAAGGUCAUCACAGACUCUUUCAGUGAGAUCUAGGUAGACAUCACAACCCCUGUCUAUCAGACCUGUAUCGGGUCAAUCUUUUGCAGUGUGUAGCAAACACUAUGCCAAUAGACAAGAUGCCAAAACCUGAUCACUUUCAACGGCCAGCAUAGUUUCAUUAGAAAUUGCAUUUGAAAUGGAUCAUGGCAAAAGUUAAAUAUGAAAUAAUGAUAGCAUAGUAUUAAUUUGAAUCAUUUCAGUGUGAAGAGGAAACUUAAAUU